AUGGUUUGGUUGUUGUUGUUGUUUAGGAAGCCAGAAUUGACUGACUCUGCCUCUCUGCUAGAGACCUUCAAGUUCCUUGAAAAUGCAGCUGCAGACUUCAGUGAUGAAGAAGAUGAGGAAGAUAUUGAAGGAAGAGAGAAAACAAUCAUUGAUACCGCAACAAUUGUAAGGAAAAGAGUGCUAUCUGACAGUAGUGAAGACAGAGAUACAGAAGAAGCUUUGAAGGAAUUUGACUUUUUGGUUACCUCAGAUGAAGGUGAUGGGGAAUCGAGAAGUUCAGGAGAUGGAACAGACUGGGAAAAGGAAGACCAGUGUCUCAUGCCUGAAGCCUGGAAUGUCGACCAGGGAGUAAUAACCAAACUCAAGGAACAAUACAAAAAGGAGCGCAAGGGGAAAAAGGGGGUGAAGAGAAAAACUGCCGAAGAUAUGUUUCAGCCUCAAUCCUAUAUAAAACAGUCAAAACAGGGAUGUGGGAAAAUGAUGGAGCAAAGCACAGGGCCCAACAGGUCAAAGCUGCAAGAUAUGCUUGCAAACUUGAGAGAUGUUGAUGAUCUCCCUUCAUUACAGCCAUCUGUUGCACCUUCUUCUAGACCCAGUAGCUCAAGGCUGAUUGAACAUGAGAUAAACAGGACAGAUGAAGUGGAAGCUUUAACAUUCCCUCCUUCUUCAGGGAAAUCUUUCAUUAUGGGAACAGACGAAACCCUUGAAAAUGAGCUGGGUCUUGGAGAGUUGGCUGGCCUCACAGUGGCCAAUGAGGCAGAUUCGCUGGCUUAUGAUAUAGGAAACAAUACGGAUGCACUGAGAAAGACUUGGAACCCCAAAUUCACAUUAAGAAGCCACUUUGACGGAAUAAGAGGUUUAGCUUUUCACCCAGUUGAGCCAGUGCUAAUAACAGCUUCAGAGGACCAUACAUUAAAAAUGUGGAAUUUACAAAAAACAGCUCCAGCAAAAAAGAGUGCAUCUCUUGAUGUAGAGCCAAUAUAUACCUUCAGAGCACACAGUGGACCAGUCCUUUGUGUGGUGAUGAGCAGCAAUGGUGAGCAGUGUUACAGUGGAGGAACUGAUGGCCUCAUCCAUGGCUGGAAUACAACAAAUCCAAACAUCGACCCCUACGACUCUUACGAUCCUUCUGUUCUAAGAGGUGCUUUUGUAGGCCAUACUGAUGCAGUGUGGGGUCUGGUUUACAGUGGCACACACCAGCGUUUGCUAUCCUGUUCUGCAGACGGCACUGUACGUUUGUGGAAAGCUACAGAAGUUGCUCCAGCUCUCAGUGUAUUUAAUGAUAAUCAAGAAAUGGGAAUCCCUUCCUCAGUAGAUCUUGUCAGCAGUGACCCAAGCCUCAUGGUAGCAUCAUUUAACACUGGUCACACUAGCAUUUUUAACAUGGAGACACGGCAACGGAUUCUUACCCUGGAGUCUGGAGUAGAUAAUGGUAUGUAUUCAAAACAGAAAAAAAUUGCUAGAUUGAGAUCAAAUGCUGUUAAUAGUCUUUUCAGUGUUUUCAAGCAAUUAGGCAAAUGGUGUAUCUUAGUAACUUGCAUCAUGUAUUAUGUUAAACCUUGUGUUUUAAGAUGUAGGAGUAAGUUGUUAUUACUAUACUAAAGCAAGAGGCUAUUU